GGGGACAAGGCUGUUGUAUUACACGGUAUACCCUUGUACUGCUUGUGGAAAGGCGCAGUUGCCACGUGCGAGUUUGAACCAGGACCAGGCGUCAUAUUCGAACGCAUCUUCCCAAUCAACUUUUCACCCAUCCACUCGAACGGUGCCUUCUAAACGUACAGCGGACCAAAUAACUAAAGAUACGGACAAACCCCACAAGGCCAUGACAGAAGAAGGAACUACGGAAUUUGAGGUGGCGAUGGCAGACGCAACCAGCGCCACGCAAAGCGAGAGCCAGCUCGAGGAUCCGACGUUGCAGCAAGCGAUCGAUUCGGACGAUGCAGUGCCCAUGGAAGGCGUCGAGUCCUUCGUCGACCAUCGUUCAGACUUAGAACAGUGCCAAGACUUCUUCCAAGGGACUUCACGUACUCUCAACAGAGUGCGAAUGAAUUUCAAGGACUCUUUGGAGGUUGUAGACGAACGUCGUGGCUUGCAGUUCCUCAAUAUCCUUCUGUCCUUGUUGCAACCUGCGAAUGCAUUGCCGCAAGUGCUGGCGGAAGCGCUAUGGUCGGAUCCCGAUCAGCAGCACCGCAACAAUCCACAUCCUGCGCACUCCAACGCAGACCUCAGUCGCCUUCUAGAUGAAGGCGAUAUCGCUGCAUUCGCGUUGAGAGCCUGUCGCCAACCGUCACCUCCAAGGGAUAUGAUAGUCGAAUCUCCGCUUGAACUACGACGACGGCUGCACGACGCAUUUCAUAGGACAUACAGAGGUGAUGCAUUGGAUCGAUUCAAGGUGGAGCUACAUCGUUGCCGAGACCAUUACGACAAAAGCAUGCACUACGGCCGUUGCAUUGCUCUGUUGCAAUCUAGUGGCACAGGUAAAUCGAGACUGGUGUCCGAGCUUUCUCACGACUAUCCCACCAUCAGCGUAUGUUUGCGUCAAGAGAACCGCCCCGAGGACGGAUGGCCACCUGUUGACACUCCUGCUUAUGAGUUCUUCAAGGAGCCACGUCCAACGGGCUACAUGGGGGAGGAGCUUGCGGCGGCGUUUCUGGGCGCGUUGUUUGAGCAGGUGGCUGUGAGUAUCGAAAGGUCAACUGGUGACCAGCUGGGCGACCUCAUGGCAUCAUGGGACCUCCCUUUCGACCCCGCUAACGACUACUCACGGUCACCUCGUUUCGAGAAUUUUGCUGCGGUGAAAGCGAAUGCCUCAAUUUUGCUUCAGAAGAACCUGAAUGAACUUGUAGCACUGCGCCGGUUCAAGGAGGGAAAGGACCAGGAUACACCUGCUUGGCAUCGACAUGUCUAUGAACAGCUAUGCCAAGCCGGCGCGGAUCACCUUCAAAAGGUUUUGAAGCAGCGGCAUAAUGCCGAGUUCCCGUAUUUCAUUGUGGCUAUCGACGAAUGCACCCAACUCGGGCCCAAUCCAAGGAAGUCCAAAGACAACGAGGUCGAUCGCGACUCCGUAGAGAUGAUGUCGCUGAUAGCAAUGCAGAGGAUCAUGAAAGCCGCGGAUGCGUUCCAUAAGCAGUUCUGGUUCCUGCUGCUGGAUACCAACUCUGCGGUCUUCGAUCUCGUUCCACCCACAGGCACGUUCGCUCCCUCUUUCCGACUUGAUGGCAAGUUGCAACCUCUUCUUCCUUGGGGAUACUUCGGCUUUGACCAAAUGGUGAAGGGCGACAUCGAGCAGAAUGGUGUCCCGACGUUGACGGAGGCUCUGACGCUCAAUCGUCUCAAGAUGUAUGGUCGUCCGUACUGGUCAACGCUCUCCGAAAACUCACUGAUCGGUCAGGCGACAAGGAAGCUUCUUAACUCUGACAAAUUGCAACCUCAAGAUGAGCUAUCCGUUCUGGCCCUGUUCUCUACUCGGGUUCUAGUGGAGAUCGCGGAAGGCCCCGCAGCGUCUCGCCUGGCGAUCAACAGCGUGCGCAGUCAUAUGCGCCUCUUUAUAUCCAUCGUCGAUCGCCACAUAGUUGAGACCUGCGUCCCCUCGGAACCAAUUCUCGCCCUCGCUGCAGCGUGUACACUGAAUAUCAAUAAAAAAGCCUAUGUGGAGGCGAUCAAGACGUUCAUCAACAAGCUCGUUUUGCAAGGCCUUGUGCAGGACAGGGGUUCCACGGGCGAACUUGUAUCGCGCUUUCUACUAAUGAUGACCCGCGAUGCGACGACUACGGAAUUUGUCGUGCGCUCCGGUAGCAAGCCAUACACGGAUAUGCUAGCGACGGUGAAAGUCACCGAUUUCCUCACAAAGAUGAUUGGCGAAGACAUAGAGAACGCAGCCGGCUUUUGGACCCUCAAGAAUUUCGGAGACAAUGCUCACAUCAACUUCACACAUUUCAUUCGGCUGUCCGAAAACAUUGAAGAAGUCACCACCGAGUUUCUCUACUACCUUUGGUGCCGCACUGCUGCUGUUCAGUGCGCUAUGAACCAGCCAGUGAUCGAUGGCUUCAUCGUGAUAUAUUGCGGUAACUUGAACGAGCCCUUUGAUCCGACGAAACUGAGUUACAUCGCGUGGCAGACGAAGGCCAGAGAUGAGGCAGCAUCUAGUGGUCUGGCGAACGCAUUGACUGGGCCACGAGUAAAGCAUGGCGACGUGAUCUAUAAACCCGAGCACAUCGUGAUCCUCAUGGAUCUCGGAACGGCGACCGAUUUCCAGUCGCAGGGUAAAUUCCGUCUGUCGCAUGCUACGGCGACCAUGCCCAAGCCGUCCGCAGCCAAGAAGUCCGCAGCCAAAUCGUCGGGAGGCGAACCGUCUGGAGGCAAACCGUCGGGAGGCGAACCGUCGGGAGGCGAACCGUCGGCAGCUGAACAGUCGGCAGACGAACCGUCGGGAGGCGAACCGUCGGCAGACGAACCGUCAACAGACGAAUCGUCGAAAGCCAAACGAUGGGGAGGGUAUAUAAAACCAGAGCCGAUGCGUUUCUGCCUGAAUAUGCGCGGUCACGACUACGCUGUCCUCAAGGUCUACGAUGAGACAAUACGAGGGAACAAUCCGAGCGAGUCUUUCCUCGCGCCGCUGUUUAAGAGCACGCUGGCCGGAAGGGGUGACCAUUCUGGUAUGUACGUGCGACAAGCCAUCGAUGGCAUCUGCAAGCCGUCGCUCGAGAAUUUUAUCGGCGACUUGUACCAGUCGGGGAAGAUUCGGUACUAAGACGACUUACCGGUCUCCAUAUUUCUUUUCUAUACGCAACACGAUGCUUUCCGCGAUAGAGUAAACGCCUGUGCCACCUUUUAAUCUUCCUCAGCCUGUUAUUUUGUAAUUAUAUCUCUCGAAUGUAUGCGCUUAUAAGCACUUUUGAGUUGCCUCGGUACUUGAAAACCCGGCAGUAGAGGUGUGAGCGAGAUUAUCGGCUGUCACCAUGAUGGAGUUACCGGCUGUUCGUGUCGUCCUGAUCACCGCUAAG